AUGGGUCUGCUACAGAACUACAGCUCCCAGCAUUCUUUCUCUGCUGCACAGUGGUUUGGCAUCAGCACUCUAUCGACAGGGGCUUCUGGAGCAUUUGAAUCUCUUGUCUCCAGAGCUUACUAUGAACAGCACGGCUGUAAAUUCACCUCCGUCAUUCCCACCAACGUCUUCGGCCCACACGAUAAUUUCAAUAUUGACGAGGGGCACGUCCUGCUGGGGCUCAUUCACAAAGUCUACUCGGCCAAGCAGAAUGGCACUGCUCUCUCUGUUUGGACACGGAGACAGUUCAUCUACUCACUGGAUCUAGCAAGGCUUUUCAUUUGGGUGCUGAGGGAGUACAAUGAGGUGGACCCCAUUAUUCUUUCUGUUGGAGAGGAGGAUGAGGUGUCCAUCAAGGAAGCAGCCGAGAGCAUCGUAGCAGCCAUGGAGUUUAAGGGAGAGCUGAUUUCCGACAGCACAAAGUCUGAUGGGCAGUUCAAGAAGACUGCGAGUAACCACAAGCUCAGGAAAUACCUGCUGGACUUUCAGUUCACCCCCUUCAAUAAAGCAGUGCAGGAAACCUGUAACUGGUUUGACUGUAACUAUGCCCAGGCCAGAAAGUGAAGAGAUGGCAGUUUGCACAGACAAAGAGCUUGAUGUUCGGGCCCCUGGCGAGGGAGAGCGGUGCCUGUGACCCCUGGGACUGGUGGUGGGAGAUGAAUUAUUUUCAUCUGCAAAGCAGCAUUAGGAAUUGUAGAUCUGUCUUUCUGUCCGGAAUCUUAGUGGAGGGUGAUUGGUUAAUGUAUUUCCCCUUUAUUAAUCUGUACUGUACCUACAGUGGGGCCCCGUGGGUCUGGCUCCUGCACUGGCACAUGAGUACAUUUGUAAGAUUUAGGGAGAAUGGGGGUAAGUGUAACACAUACAGGAUGGGGCUGAUUAGAAAUAUCCUGCUUGUGGUACCCGGGGGUGCAAGUGUGAUAUUAGACUGCUCCAUUCUGUUCUACCAGUGCAGUCUGCAGCUUCCCAUGAUCCCACCCAUCAGACUGGUACAUUAUAUAUAUUGUAUAUAUAUAGAAAUAGUACAGUACAUUAUCUAAUACACAAAA